CCCAAGUCAUGCGGCAAUCAGUCGUCUUUGCGGGCGCGUUAUCAACUCCGACUCCAGCUCAAGCCGCUGCCCAUUUCCUUCUAACGGCGCUUUGAACAAUUCCGUUGCCGUUAACGUCAAAUUGUGAUUAAUUAACACCCCUAAAACCCCAUACCAAACGGGAUUGAUUCUCCACGCACCAAACUGCACAGGCAUCUUCUUCAUAAUAAUCAAUCAUCACUAUCACUCACUGUCAACUCUCUCUCUCUCCUUCUCUCUCACACACACGCACGCGAAAUUCUUUUUCUAUAUAAAAUCUCUGCCCUCUGAUAAAAAGCGCAGCACAAAAAGCUGGUAGCCCUCCGAGUCACCACCACCAUCACUGCCGUUCAUUGUAAUAAGUGAAAAGAGGGGAAAAAAAAUGAGAGGAAAAAGAGUACGAAAUUCAGAAAUCAAUCACCAGUUGUGAGCGAUUUUGUGGCUUUCUUAAUUUCGUAUAUCGGAGAAAUUGUGCUCACACAUGGGAAGGUGCUCGAGAAAACGCGACGGAUCAGGUGAGCUGGCGGCGGCGGUGGCCAAGAGGAGGAGGGAGACGGCGUUUGGAGAAUCGGAGAUCUCGACGUCCUCGGUUCAGCUCAAAACGCGCCGCUCAGCCGCGUCGCCGCCGGAGAAUGAGAUCUCGCCUGAGAAUUCGGUGGAUUCCGGCAGCUCUGCAUCCUCCUGUUGCUCGAGCGGCGGAUCGAGUGAGAGCCCGGGAUUUGCAGAUCUGAAGGAAAAUGCGGUGGCUGUGGAGUAUUUCGCGACAUCAGCUGGCCAUUCGGUGGAUUUCAGAGACAGGAGAGAGAAUUCGCCGUCCAGCGAGGUCCAGACCGAGUCGGGAGAGCUGGAGUCGACGGCGGGCCCGCCGAGUGCGCCCGAUUCCCGCCGUACCACCACGGCGGAGAAAAUGCCGACGGAAGCGGAACUCGAAGAAUUCUUCGCCGCCGCUGAGAAGAAUAUCCAGAAACAAUUUCUCGAGAAGUAUAACUAUGAUAUAGUGAAGGAUGAGCCAGUAGAAGGGCGGUACGAGUGGGUCCCAGUUGAGCUGAAGCCAUGAACGAAGAAGAGGGAAAUUCUGAAAAUCUCCAGUUAAGUGAACCGAAAUGAGUAAUGGUGGCUGAUUUGAAGAUUAAGUUUCCACUAAUCUGAAGAUUUAAGUUUUCUUUAUUAGGGAUUUGUCAAUUUAGGUUUAAUUUCUGGUUAAAUGAAUUAAUUAGAUGCAAUGUAUAGGCAAAUUGAUCUCUAUUUGAUUUCUCUUUUGAAUUCCCAUGUUUUUCUGCUCUGCUGCAUAUAUAAAUUCUGCAAGUAGUGUGACUGUGUAGAUCAGGAAAAGAAGAUGAAAUAAUUAUCAGAAGCUUUUGCUCAGUAUUAUGUGUUUGCAUUAUGAAUUUACUUUUUACGAGAAAUAAUUAAUUUGUUUCUGAAAAAAGAGGGAAAAAAAGAGAGUUGAAAAUUGAAGGUUGAAUUGUAGCCAAUAAAUGCGUGAAUUAUUUUAGUGAGGUGGGAAGAAAAGAUGAAUUGCUUUCUGCAAGGGGCCA